GAGGCUGUUUUUUAAUUGGAUUUGCUGGGUUUUGUUUUACUGAGCGAGAUUACCAGUUCAGAAUUGGAAGUAUUGAUGCAUCGGCUUUUUUAACCUUUAUCGUGCUGGGUGUGGAUGCUCCAAACUUUUAAAACUUUCCAGGCGCUCAAGCCAUGGCGAGUUUUACUGCCUGUCUCCUCUUGGGCUUCUUGCUGCGGACUCUGAGCUGUGGGGUGGCCGCUGCGGCUGCCGAGUCCUCCCCGGAGUGUUCGCAGCGCUGCGAUGUCUCCAAGUGCCCGAGCCCCAGCUGUUUGAAUGGUUAUGUACACGAUGUCUGUCAUUGCUGCCUGGUGUGCGCGGCUGGGGAGGGACAAGCCUGCGGGCGUCCGAGCGAAGUACGCUGCGGGGAAGGGAUGCAGUGCAAGUCCCUGCUCGGCAAGCGUCUGGCAAAGGGACCGGGCGUCUGCCGGUGCAAAUUCAACUACAAGGUGUGUGGCAGCGACGCGAAUACCUAUGACAGCCCGUGCAAACUCAAGAUGGUCAGUAGGAGAGCCGUGCAGCUGAGACUGCCGCCGAUCGUUCAAGCUCACAAGGGCGCAUGUAAAACAGGUCAUUCACAUCCAAACAGUCCAAGGUAUAAAUUCAAUUUUAUAGCAGAUGUGGUGGAGAAAAUUGCACCUGCAGUUGUUCACAUAGAGCUGUUUUUAAGGCAUCCUCUAUUGAGACGAAAUGUCCCAUUGUCAAGUGGCUCUGGCUUUAUAAUAUCAGAUAGUGGGCUAAUUGUGACCAACGCCCAUGUAGUAGUGUCUAGCAAUACCAUAACAUCAGGUCAACAACAGCUGAAGGUGCAGGUACAUGAUGGAAAAAACUAUGAAGCAACAAUAAAAGACCUGGACAAGAAAUCAGACAUAGCAACAAUAAAGAUUAAUCCUAAGAGAAAGCUACCUAUACUAACACUGGGUCAGUCUGUCGACCUUAGGCCAGGAGAAUUUGUAGUUGCUAUUGGGAGUCCUUUUGCUUUGCAAAAUACCGUAACUACCGGAAUUGUUAGCUCUGCUCAGAGAGAUGGACGAGAGCUGGGUCUAAGAGAUUCAGACAUGGACUACAUUCAAACAGAUGCCAUAAUCAAUUAUGGAAACUCUGGAGGGCCUUUGGUGAAUUUGGAUGGAGAGGUUAUAGGAAUAAAUACACUGAAGGUCACUGCAGGAAUUUCCUUUGCAAUUCCAUCAGAUCGUAUUGCAAUGUUUCUUACUGAUUCUCAAGAUAAACAAACCAAAGAUGUCACAGGCGUGAAAAAGCGUUUCAUUGGUGUGAGGAUGCUGACCAUAACUCCUACCCUAAUAAAAGAACUGAAACAAAGAAACCCUGAUUUUCCUGAUGUUAAUGCUGGCAUUUAUGUACAUGAAGUAAUUCCAGAUUCACCAGCACACAGGGGUGGAAUCCAGGAUGGAGAUGUCAUUGUCAAAGUAAAUGGAAUCCCCUUAAAGAUAACAAAUGAUCUGCAGGAAGCCGUGAGGAAUGAGUUCCCUCUACUGCUCGAAGUCCGCCGGGGAAACGAUGACAUACUUUUUAACAUUGAACCUGAUCUCAUUAGUGACUGAAACACAGCCAGCAUAAUUAACCCUUUCCAGCCUGGAAUAUUCCCCGUUGCUGUUUUCUCUGUUAAGGACCAAUAAAGCUGCUGGAACAGAUGGCACAGUGGAGCAAGACAGUUGUUUACAAUGCUGCCAGUCACCUUUGGAGAAUGCCACCUCUCCAGAUUACACCCUGCUUGCCAGCAGAUGGUAAAAGCAAUUCCCUCCCCCCCCCACCCCCUCCAUGUUGAAAUGUUUAGCACUUACAGCUGAUAAAAACUAUUGUUCUUUGCCUUGUCUUUGGUGGGUAUAAAUCUUUAGCACUUGUUUGAGUUUUAAGAGACUUAGGGGGAAUUUUAACUCCAAAGGUUGGGCUAGUUUGGAUGGGGUGGGAGGUUAAAGAGUUACAAAAUAUGACUUUCAGCCCCAACUUGUCCACCUCCAGUUUUAAUGGGGGUGAGGCGAGGUGUUGGGGGGGCAGGGUGCAAACAACUCACUCCCAAGAGGAGGGUUAACAAUUUAAGUAUUAUAAUGAGCCUGAAAACUUCCUAUGAUUUCAAAUUUAACUCUGACUGGCCUCAGGGAAACCCGGCAGCUCAAGGAAGGCGAGGACCACUGAAUCCAGGAGGUAAGUGCCUUUACUCUGAGCUGCUGAAUCCAGCAUACCUACCUUGCUAACUCAUCAUGAUCCAACCCUUCACCCUCCCCAUCAACCCUUCUGAUCGCUCCCACCAACCUCACCCACCCCCCCCUCCCCCCGCAACACCACGAGGCCUCCAACCCACUGUCCCCCACCCAAUAGUCUUUGAAAUCUGACACCCCCAAUCCAACUCCAGCUUCCAAUUCCACAGGCCUCUAAUCCCUGAGGCUUCUGCUCUGCAGCCCCUCCAACCAAAUUCUGAUCCCGCCGUACCCCUCUUUCCAUUGCUGUCUGUAGCCUAGUGCCUUAGGCACUACUUUCCUGAUAGCUAGCCUCUUAAUAGAGAAAUGCUCAGCAGAUCUGGCAGAAGCUCAACAUUAACUCUGUUUCUCUCACUACAGAUGCUGCCAGACUUGCUGAGUAUUUCUAGCCUUUUCUGUUUUAUGUCAGAGCUCCAUCAUCUGCACUACUUUGCUUUUAGAGCCUCUUAAUCUGGCUGGGCUGCAGUCAGGAAGUGGAGACGAAACAUUGUAAUCAGGUCCUUCGGUUAACUUCAACAGGGCCUGAAGGGAAACUCAUUCUUCCAGGUUUUGCAAUGUCAUUUCAGCCACUCCCUCCACACCUCAGGGUAAAAAUACACCCCAUAAGUUGAAUGUGCAGGACAAGCCAAUGUUACUUAGUGUACAAAAAUUACUUCUCUAUAUCAGGAUUUUUCUGCAGGGGUACAUUGAAGUUCAUCUAUGUCCACCAAGAAAUUAGGCAGGUAGGGAUGGAGAGCACUUAAAAUGAAAGCAGGCAUUAAUCCCCUCUGAUCCCACUGACUUCCCAUCAUGUCCUGAUCUUAACCUGCUCCUUUGACCAGGAUAUCCACUGAAUGGAAAUGGGGUCCUUCUUUACAUAUGCAGAUUGAGUCCAAUAACAUCAUCAGGACAUGCUCAGCAGGUUUCACUGAAGACCUGAACAGGUUACCCCCACCAGCGAAUCUGCCAGGAGAUGGAUCGUAGACACCCAAUCUUGAUAUUUGAUUUUAUGUUUCCUGGUGGACCAGGAGCAGCAGGAGUGCUGCUCUUGGCUUCACAAUGGAGGUUUAGUCUUCUUUGCCCCAGGCUCGCCCAUAUUCACUUCAAUCGUGAGGAGACCCUUCCCUCCUCUUAAUUGUCUCCAGACCUUUCCCUCCAUCCAAAUCACCUCCAGACACCUGCAAGUGAUGACAUCCAAACAAAGCACCAAAGCAUCCCCCAACCCCUUCAUUAGCACCUGCUUCACUGGCUGCCAGCAACCAUUUUCCAAGGGUCCCCGGUUGUGGCCUCUUGCUGCCAAAUUCCCACUCUUUCCUGGCCAGGUCAAAAUUCUGGUAGGGUUUGGUUGGGAUUCUGGGACCAUUUACGGAAAUGAAGGGCUGGGCCACUACAGCCCUGAGCAUGCUCGGUAUGUUGCCUUAAGACUCACAUGCAUUGUAAAUGCCCUCCCACUGGAAUCCAGGCCUAUCUCAGCAAAUACAAAGUGGAAAAUGCUGCAGUGAUACUCUCACUAACUCUUCUUGGGGAUAAAGAAAUGAAAGUCAAAUGGAUAUUUUUGAACAAAAAGGCUUAAGAACUGUUAUGACAUUAAAAAUCUGGUUUAUUAACUUUGGAAUGCUAGUAAUGUACUAAACUCAUGCAGGCUGCAAAGGGUUAAACUCUACUUCCUCAGGCAAAUUGUAGGUUUGGAAAAUACAUUUUGUUAAUUGUCCUUUGAAGUUCUAAAUAUACAGUAUUUUAUAUUGAAUGCGCCAACAGAAUUGUUAACUGAGGCAAUUUCGUGCACAAAAGAAUGCCAUUUACAGAAAGCGUCUAAAGAAUCUGUAACCAUUCAUUCAUGAGUGUGCCUUUUUUUGAGUAACAAUAGAAAUACUAAAAUAAUAGUGCAGGCACACUUUCUGAACUGACAAGAUACUGUAAUCAGAUACCAUGACAGGUUUAUGUUGUUCUGGAGUAAUUUACUUUGGGCCAUUAAACUGCC